UCGGUGAUGAAGGAUGAACAGGGACGCCCGUUUAUCGUCGUUCGCGACCAAGGAAAGAAGAAGAGACAACAUGGCACCGAGGCCGUGAAGUCGCACAUUGUCGCCGCCAAAACUGUGGCCAGCAUUGUUAAGACUUCUCUGGGUCCCCGUGGUCUGGACAAGAUCUUGAUCUCCCCUGACGGCGAUAUCACCGUCACCAACGAUGGUGCCACUAUUCUCGGCCAGAUGGAAAUCACAAACAACGUUGCCAAGCUGCUUGUCGAGCUCUCGAAAUCACAGGAUGAGGAGAUUGGUGAUGGUACAACGGGUGUCGUGGUGCUGGCAGCCGCCAUGCUGGAGCAGGCCGCGGACUUGAUUGACAAGGGCAUCCACCCCAUUCGGAUAGCCGACGGUUACGACCAGGCCUGCGAAAUUGCCAUCGCUGAGCUGGACAAGAUCAGUGACGAAAUCCCCUUCACACGCGAAGACACCAGCAACCUGCUCAAGGUUGCCAAGACCAGUCUGGGCAGCAAGAUUGUCUCCAAGUCUCACGACCAGUUCGCUAAGAUUGCUGUGGACGCUGUGCUCUCGGUUGCCGAUCUGCAGCGCAAGGAUGUCGACUUCGAGUUGAUUAAGGUGGACGGCAAGGUCGGAGGUGCCCUCGAGGACUCUCUGCUCGUCAACGGUGUUAUUGUCGACAAGGACUUCUCUCACCCUCAAAUGCCCGACGAGGUCCUGGACGCCAAGCUGGCUAUCCUGACCUGCCCCUUCGAGCCCCCCAAGCCCAAGACCAAGCACAAGCUCGACAUCACCUCCGUUGAGGAGUUCAAGAAGCUCCAGGAUUACGAGAGGGAGAAGUUCGCUGAGAUGAUUGAGCAGCUUAAGGACUCCGGUGCUAACCUCGUUAUUUGCCAAUGGGGUUUCGACGAUGAGGCCAAUCACCUGCUGCUCCAGAACAAGCUGCCCGCCGUUCGGUGGGUUGGUGGUCCCGAGAUCGAGUUGAUUGCCAUCGCCACAAACGGCCGUAUUGUGCCGCGUUUCGAGGAUCUUAGCGCCGAAAAGCUCGGCUCCGCUGGACGUGUUCGCGAGAUGACUUUCGGAACCACAAGAGAGAAGAUGUUGAUCAUUGAAGAAUGUGCCAACAGCCGGGCGGUCACCGUCUUUAUUCGUGGAAGUAACAAGAUGAUUAUCGAUGAGGCCAAGCGAUCACUACACGAUGCGUUGUGUGUUGUCCGCAACUUGGUUCGUGACAACCGUGUUGUGUACGGUGGUGGUGCUGCUGAGAUUGCCUGCUCUAUCGCUGUUGAGGAUGCCGCUGUCAAGAGCCCCGGUAUUGAGCAGUACGCCAUGCGCGCUUUUGCUGAUGCCCUUGACGCCGUUCCCCUGGCUCUGUCUGAGAACUCUGGCCUGAGCCCCAUCGAGACCCUCGCGUCGAUCAAGUCGCGCCAGGUUAAGGAGAAGAACACCCGUCUCGGUGUCGACUGCAUGAACACAGGUAGCAACGACAUGAAGGAGCUCUUUGCUAUCGACCCUCUGAUCGGAAAGCGCCAACAGCUUCUUCUUGCUACCCAGCUCUGCCGCAUGGUUCUCAAGAUCAACAACGUCAUUAUCUCUGGUGACGAUGACGCCGAAUAUUAG